AAGGAAACGCACGCCCCCCGGCCCGGCCCCUCCCUCUUUCCAUCUCCAAGCCGCCGCCUCCUGCCCUCCCCUCCUCCUCCUCCUAAAAUCUCCGUCUCCUCCGCGACUUCUCCAACCCCCAUCCGAUUCUCCGCGACCGCUUCCUUGACCCCCGCCACCCGGCUCCGUCGAGAUUCCGGAACCAGCCGCCGCGAUCUCGCAUUAACAAGGGACAGUGAAGGAACCUGCAUUGUGUGGAUUGAUUUGGCACCGGGAGUCUGCUGGUGCGUAGUGUUCGGCUGAUCAUCAUGGGGGAAUCGCAGAGUAGCCAGGAUGCUUCCAGGUUCAGAGCUUUGGGCAACGGUGUCUCCGGUGCUGGGCAGGGGAGUGCUGGUGACAGGGAGCUCCACAAUGGGAGCAUUGCUUCUCAGGCUGCCAGGGCUUAUCCGAAUGGUGGGAGAUCAUUGGUUUCUGAGUUUGGGUUGUAUGAUAUGGGCGUUGGAAACAAUCAGCAUUUUGGUUUCUCUCACAGUGGUAAUCUGUAUGAUGAGCAGUCCUUGGCAUUUGCUUUUGAGGGCAUGAGUUUCAGUUCCCGCACAACUGAUGCGCCUUCCAGUCAUCGCAAUGUGCCGCUGACAAAUGGAUACUAUCCAACUGGACGUGUGGAUGGUACACUGAACCAGUACCAUGCACCUGCAACACUCCAAGAUGAUUCACUGCAUCUACAGUUCAGUGUGCAACAUGCCAUGCAGCACACUGAUGUUGAACACCAAGAACAAUCUCACAGAUUUCCACUGCAGCUGGGGAAAUUUUCAAGAAGCUCUGGGCACAGCUUUGAUAGCAAUCUGGGUGUUCCUUGCUACCCAUCAACUGCAUCAGCUUCACCCUUCCACCAAAUGUGGCAAUCUCAAAUGUACACACCCCAUGAUCAGACUCUUGGCUCAAACUUCAUGUGGCAGAAAAAUAUGGGUGCACAACCAUACUCUAUUAUGCAACAGAGUUAUGUCUGUCCACAAUUGCAACAAGUUUCUGGGUUUGGUGCUUCUCGACAUAGGAGCAAUGAGCAGUCUGCAGUUUCCCCCCCUGCGAAGGGCCCAUCCUCAUCUUACAUUGGAACACCAAAUGUUCAUUGGCUGGAAAAUGGGUAUUCUUACCUAAAUGGUGCAGCUUUUCAGAAAAGAAGAAAUAGCGGCGGUCUGAAUAAUACAUUUGCAGACAGCUUCCCAAGUACAUCUUACACUGGCAGUUCAUGUGGCAGUGGGGAUUUUCGCCAUUUUCAACGGGCUGAAAAGGUUUUGAAUCCAUAUGGACCGCAUCACCAGCAAGCUGAUAACCUCACUCAUCCAUAUGGCGUAGGUUUCUCACACCAUCAAAUAUCUGAUAAACUCAACACAGCAAGUUACCCGGAAAGGAUCCUAAUGAGGCCCGACGUUGGAAAUUCAGUAAACGAUUUUGAUUUCUCUCCCUAUGCUCACUUGCUGAACUCACCAUUCUUGUCCUCCAAAUCUGAGACAUAUAAAUCUAUUGAUGAAGCGAUGGGAAGAGUAUGCAUCUUGUCAAAGGAUCAAGACGCCUGUCGCUUUCUGCAAAAAGUAUUAACAGAAGGCACCCAAGAGGACAUUGAUAAAAUAUUUUCUGAAAUAAUUGAAAAUGUUGGUGAACUUAUGGUGGAUCCAACUGCUCACUAUUUGGUGCAGAAGAUUCUUGAAGUGUGCACCAAUGACCAAAGGACAUAUUUGAUUCGUGAAAUCACUAAAGCACCCAUAUCGCUUCAUAAAGCUUCUUGCAAUAUGCAUGGGACUCGUGUAGUGCAGAAGGUUAUAGAAACUAUGAAUACCUCUGACCAAGUGUCAAUGGUGGUGUCCACCUUAAAUACUGGAAUCAUGCGUUUAAUGACAGAUUCUUAUGGGAAUCAUGUUGCACUCCAUUGCCUGGAGAAAUUGUUACCUGAACACAAGGCAUUCCUUCUUGAGACUGCCACAUCACGCUAUCUUCAACUAGCAAGAGAUCGUCAUGGCUGUUGUGUCCUCCAGAAAUGUAUUGAGAAUUCAAGUGAUGAACAGAGAAACAACUUGUUGUGCAAGAUUACAUCCAGUGCCCUUGUACUUUCAGAAGACCAGUAUGGGAACUAUGUUAUUCAGUUUAUUCUGACCCUCAACAUUGAAUGGGCAACAACCAGAAUAGUGGAUGAGCUGGCAGGUCACUUUGGAAAUCUAUCCAUGCAGAAGUGUGGUUCCCAUGUUGUGGAGCACUGCCUGAAGCUACCACGGCCGAUCUGUGAUAGGAUCAUCAACGAACUCAUGCAUGAUCCUAAAUUGCUGCAUAUCAUUCUUGAUCAGUAUGGGAACUUUGUGAUUCAGACAGCACUUAAACAGUGCCAGGGUGAACAGCAUGCUGCUUUUGUUGAAACUAUCAGACCGCACACUGCUGUACUGCAAAGUAACAUGUAUGGGAAGAGGGUUCUCUCAAGGACAUGCUUGAAGAACAAGAAUUGUCGAUAUGGCUUCUAUUAACCUAACAUUUUUGGCGAACAUGUCUUCAGUGACAGCAGGCGGAAGCAUUGUACAAUUCUGUGAUAACUUGCAGAUCUUACAGAUAGUGUGUAUCUUCGCUAAAGGAAAAAGGAUCUUUUCUUUGCAGGGAAAUUUUGGUUAGGGGAAGCAUUUGUCUUGGCCACUUUAGUGUAAUUUCGUAUGUAGAAUCAUUAUAGUUGUGAUGAUGGUGAUUUACAUUGCCGGCAUCGUUGUCAGUCAUGUAGUUUAUUGUACCUGUCAAACUGUAAUAGCAGUAACAUCGUGUAAUGUGAUAGUUGUAUGGUAAAACCUGAAGUGGCACAAUAUAGCCUGGUCUUUUGUCUUCUAGAAAUUGAAUUGAAACAGUUGUUUAACACUUAUUUGGGGCCACCAGCCAAAGGUGGACCAACGUGUAAGGUUUU